GGUCGACCGUCAAAACAUAAUCUGAAAAUUUGAACGUGAUUUGUGGGGUGGAGUUGCAUGUGUGAUGAAUUUUAUUACUGCAUACGCGUAAUUUUAUAUUAUUUGCAUACAUAAGCUAAAUUUUGUAAUCAUAAUUAUCAUCUUAUUCUAUUGCCGUUGACGUGAAAAAUAUAUUUAUAAAUUGCAACCUACAUGAGCAGUCAAGAGCAAAUCGAUGCUAGUUUUUUAAGAGAACGAUUCCUUGAAGUAAUUUCAAAUUUUGAAGGUAAACAUUGUUCUAUUUUAUUAUAUGAUAACUCAACAGUAGAAGCAACAUUAAUUGGUACAACUGGAGAAUACAAUCAUAUUGCUGUUGAAGAUUUACAUACUCCAAUUGGAAUUGUUUCUAGUGCAUUGCUUAGAACAAAAGAUAUACAGAAACUUAUUAUAAAAACUAGUAUUGAAAAUGUCUGACAUGGAGCUCUUUUUAACUAUUGGCCUUUCAGAAGCUAAAGCCAAAGAGACCAUUAAAAAUAAAAAUUUGAGUUUAAAUUUGAAAAAUGUGAUCAAUGAAUUUUUAAAAACAGGGAAAUCUAUAGUUGAGUAUGGAAUUUUACUUUAUCAUUUUGCAUCAAAGAUAAAAAAUCAAGAUUCCAAACACUUAUCUUUAAUGGUUUCAUACAUAUCUAAUGAUAAACUAGAUACUAUUCAAAGAAUAGAUUGUGCAUUAGAAUAUUUACGUUCGUCAAUUUCUGAAACUGAAAUUAAUUUACCAGAUUUUGAAAAAACAUGUGGUAUUGGUAUUGUUGUUACCCCUGAACAAAUAGAGCAAACAGUUAAAUCUAUUAUAACGCAAAGCAAAAAUGAGUUGUUAGAAAAAAGGUAUAAGUUUAACAUUGGUGGUCUCAUGCAAGAAGUGAGAAAACAACUUCCCUGGGCUGAUGGUAAAACUGUGAAAAAUGAAGUAGAUAUUCAAGUAUUAGAACUUUUGGGAGCUAAAACUGAAGCUGAUUUAGCUCCUGUACAAAAACAGAAAAAAAUGAAAGAUACUAAACCUGAUAUUGAAAAAAAAUCCUUGAUUUAUACACCAAUGUCUAUUGAAGAAGUAGUAAGUAAAGUAGAUUUUCAUAAACCUGGAGAAAACUUCAAAACCAAUGGCUAUGUUAUUACUCCAAAUACAGAAAAACUAUUGGCAAAACAUCUUAAAGAAACUCAUGGAAAAGUAAUUACUAGGUUUCCUCCUGAACCUAAUGGAAUUUUACAUAUUGGACAUGCCAAAGCAAUUAAUAUUAACUUUGGAUUUGCUAAAGCUUCCAAAGGAGAAUGUAUUCUUAGGUAUGAUGACACUAAUCCAGAGAAAGAAGAAGAGAAAUUUUUUAUUGGAAUCAAAGACAUGGUAGAAUGGCUAGGUUAUCACCCAAUCAAAAUUACUCAUUCAUCUGAUUAUUUUGAUCAGUUGUAUGCAUGGGCCAUUGAAUUAACUAAAAAAGGACUAGCUUAUGUUUGUCAUCAAAAACAACAGGACAUGCAAGGAUUCAACCCUCCCCCAUCUCCUUGGCGUAAUCGCCCAAUUGAAGAAAAUUUAGCUUUAUUAAAUGAUAUGAAAAAUGGAGUUUUUGAUGAAGGUGAAGCAACUUUAAGGAUGAAAGUCACACUUGAAGAAGGCAAACAAGAUCCUGUUGCAUAUCGUAUUAAGUUUCUACCACAUCAUAGGACAAAAGACAAGUGGUGUAUUUAUCCUACUUAUGAUUAUACUCAUUGUCUUUGUGAUUCUAUAGAAAAUAUUACUCAUUCUCUGUGUACAAAAGAAUUUCAGAGCCGUAGAUCUGCUUACUAUUGGCUUUGUAAUUCAUUAGAUCUUUAUUGUCCAGUGCAGUGGGAAUAUGGUAGACUCAAUAUGAAUUACACUGUUGUUUCUAAAAGAAAAAUUGCUAAACUUAUUGAAAAUAAAAUUAUUAAUGAUUGGGAUGACCCUCGUUUAUAUACAUUAAGUGCAUUGCGCCGAAGAGGUUUUCCAGCUCAGUCUAUUAAUUCAUUUUGUGCACGGAUGGGAGUGACUGGAGCACAAACAAUUGUUGAUCCACAAAUGCUUGAAUCUGAAGUACAAGAUUUCUUAAAUAUCACAGCGUCUAGAACUAUGGUUGUUCAGGAACCUAUUAAAAUUAUAAUUAUCAAUUUUAAUGAACUUAAAAAAUCAAAUGUAAUUAGUGUACCUGAUUAUCCAAGUGAUCCAGAUAAAGGAUGUCAUAAUAUUGAAUUUUCAUCAGUUAUAUAUAUUGAAUCCAGUGAUUUUUGUGAAAAUGGAGAAAAAGAUUAUAGACGUUUGACUAUUAGUCAAACAGUAGGAUUAAGAUAUGCUGGUAUUGUAGUCAAAGUAAUUGAAGUAAUAAAAUUAGAUACAUCGAUUGUAGAAAUUCGAGUGAAGGCUACACUAGUUGAAGAAACUCAAAAACCAAAAGCGUUUAUUCAUUGGGUUUCAAAUCCAAUAGAAGUCAAAGUUAAAUUGUAUAGUAGAUUGUUCAUGCACAAAAAUCCAGAGGAUUCUAGUCAAGUUCCUAAUGGUUACUUAAGUGAUAUUAACCCAAAUUCAUUAAAAAUUGUUACUGCAUUUGCAGAUAAUCAUUUACUUAAGUCUCCAAUACUUAAAACUUAUCAAUUUGAAAGAUUGGGUUACUAUUGUGUUGAUUAUGACUCAACAGACACUGAGUUAGUCUUCAAUAGAACUAUUGUUUUGAAAGAUAGCACAACUAAAUAAUGUUAUGUGUGAUUAUUUAUUAUGCCAAUAAAAUAUAUACGUUUAAGUUA